CAAAAGUGGAAAAAUAUGAGUAUAGGCCGGUGGAUUGCAAUUUCGGCGGUACUUGGGCCUCGGUUUGGGCCUUCCUGGUCCAGGCUGCGGUUCUCGGGCACACGGGCGCCGGUUACUCUCUUAUCCGCGCCAUCUGCAAUCCGGCGGGUCUUGGGUCCGCCUUUUCCAUCCGACCCGGAAUGGGAUCGCCCGCUACCCGCUACCGAGGUGUUUCUACUUCCUCCGCUCUGUUUCUCCGCUCUCCAGAUCUGCAGGGUCCUCCGCUCACCUACCUCGAUCCUCCCUCUUCUCCUUCGGAGCACCCAGGAUGCUCUAGCUUCGCCGGAGUUCCACCCGAGCUCGCACCCACCUUGCUGCUACCAUUUAUUCCUCUUCUACAGAGAGAGGAGAGGGAAAAUGGCGAAUCUCGAGGACGUGCCGACGCCGGAUCUGAUGACGGAGCUGCUCCGCCGCAUGAAGUGCGCCUCCAAGCCCGACAAGCGCCUCAUCCUCAUCGGUCCGCCGGGAUCUGGAAAGGGAACUCAAUCGCCUAUUAUUAAGGACGAAUACUGCUUGUGCCAUCUGGCUACUGGUGAUAUGUUGAGAGCUGCUGUUACUGCUAAGACCCCUCUUGGAAUUAAAGCAAAAGAGGCUAUGGACAAGGGAGAGCUUGUCUCUGAUGAUUUGGUUGUUGGAAUUAUUGACGAAGCAAUGAAAAAGCCAUCCUGUCAAAAGGGUUUCAUUCUUGAUGGAUUUCCUCGGACUGUUGUUCAAGCACAAAAGCUUGACGAGAUGUUGGCCAAGCAGGGCAGCAAAAUUGACAAGGUUCUCAACUUUGCAAUCGACGAUGUUAUAUUGGAAGAAAGAAUUACUGGCCGUUGGAUUCAUCCCUCUAGCGGAAGGACCUACCAUUCCAAGUUUGCACCUCCAAAGGUUUCAGGAAUUGAUGAUGUCUCUGGAGAGCCAUUGAUUCAAAGGAAAGAUGACACUGCUGAAGUCCUCAAGUCAAGGCUUGAAGCUUUCCACAGGCAAACUGAACCUGUCAUUGACUACUACUCUAAGAAGGGAUUAGUGGUGCAGCUUCAUGCUGAGAAACCCCCCAAAGAAGUCACCACCGAGGUUGAGAAGGCUCUUUCAUGAGAUGCAGUCAACCAUUGUUCGACUAUGACCAUGAUCUAUCAAAAACCCCACUUGGGUUCAUCUGUUGUCAAAUUUGAAAAACUAUUUGCUAGGGUUUUAUACCCCAUAGAUUAUUUAUUUAUUUUUCCCUAAAUCACUUUAAACCUUUUUUGAUCGGCUUUGCUGACUAUGUGAGAGCUUUUCUACCGAAUCUAGCGGCAAAUAAAGAUUUUGUUUCCUGUCAAACAAGCACACUCUGUUCUGAAACCUGUGACACUGCAAUGAAUUGCUACAUUUGGCAAGGUUUAGCUUCUCUAGUUUUUUAAAUUUUAGAUGAUUCUGCUGUAACUAAAAAAUAUAUUUAAGUGAUGCCCUUUUUUACCUCA